UGAGCUUUUAAUGGAAUGCAAUGCUCAGAGUAGUAAAUUAUUUGUUAGUUGGCGAUGCAAUCAGCAUGCUGAUUAAGGUUGCUUGGUUUUUUACUAAACAUUAACCGAAUCAGAACGGUUAGUCCUUGUUGUUAUGCUUUGGGGGGCUUUCGUGGAGCAAAUGGACUUUCAGAACAGAGAUUGUCAAUAAAGGCUUCUGGCUACGUUUUGCCAUAAUCGGUAAAUGAUGGAGAAGAAAUUUGUGCUGUAUGCAAUAUGAGCUGCGUGGUCAUGCAAGGAUGCAGUCCAGGCUCGAUGCUGACAAGAUCCAGGAUGAGCUGCAAAGUUUUCUCUUUCCGUAAGGCCCAAUUGGUGCAAGAAAAAGUGACAUACCUGGGAUAUGAGAUCUCUGGAAGGCAACGAUCUCUGGGAACGGAAAGGAAAGAAGCCAUCUGCCAGAUGCCCAGACCGGAAACAGUGAGAGAUCUCCGUGCCUUUCUAGCAGUUGCUGCUGCUGUUGUAGAACACAUCUGUCCCAGGAAGAGGCUGUUUGAGAUCAUGCUCAAAUAAAUGGAACAUGGGGCUCUGGAAAAUGCAUCUUGCAACAGCAAAUGUAUCUGCCAGGUCACCGCUCAGCAAAGUCCUUAUUUAUUUGUAUUUACUCGAUACAGAUAACAUUUUUGUAUAAGAUGUCUCAAUGUUUGCUGUUUAUAAUAUGAAAAGCUUUCGACAAACACAUCUGUCCUGUCACAUCAUCAAGUUGCUCUCCCCUCAGCCAAAAACAAUGAUGAUAUUUCCAGCUUAAAUGUCACGUAGCUGCUAGUUUCACCCUGGGAGGAAACAGACAUUGCAAUGUGCAGUUAAUACUGUUGACAUGAAAAGGGCUAUAAUCAAGGAAAAGAAUCAGCAUUCCAUUGAACUUAUUUUAGAAGCUCAUUCCUUUUAUAGUGGUGUUGCAAGAGCUCUGGUAUAGAAAACACAUCCAAGACAACAUGAAUAUUUCACUUUACGUUGUAAAAUUUAAAAUGUAAAAUUUUGAGGAAGAAAACCAAAGCCGUUUUUUUCUCCAAAUCUUCUCUUUAUGAAGCUUAAGUUUAUAGUAUUUCCUGCAUUCUAUUCAUACCUGAUUUUUAUUAUAUGUGUGUUUAUAUCCAUUUCUCUGUUCUUGUUCAUGCUUACAAGCAGAGUCAAUGUACAACAGGCUGCAAAAAACCCAUGUAAGAAUAGUUAGUAUAAUGUAAUCUCUGAGUGUGAUAUCAUAACUAUGGGUAUUAAAACAUUUAUGAAGUGGAGGUCAUUGUUUAUCUAUCUAUAAUUUUCUGACCCAAAUGGUUUGCAGACACAGUGCUGUAGAGGAAGGGGAAGGAAGGAAAGAAGGAAAAUAAUGUAAUUUUGCUAUAUUUGUCUUGAUCUGCUCUUAUUUUUCUUAUAUGUAUGAUAUGUAUGUUUUCCUAAUUAUAGAAUAUACAACUCAGCUCAAAUUCUGGAUGGAAAAAUUAUUUCUUAUUUUUGUAUAGUUGCAUUUCCUAGUGCCCAUAUAGUGACAUUUAAUGUAAGAGGUCUGCAGCCAAGAUCAAAAUGUUAAGGAACUGAGGAGGGACCAGAAAGGUAGAUGGAAAAAAUCCUUUCCAGUGACAUGUCUCAUCCCCACUAUGUAGAGUUUUCAACCUCUGAAAAAGAAGAAUGAUCACAUACAGUGCAAGGAAAUUACACUGGAUGCAUGGAGAAAAAAUAAAGAGGAGAUUUCGAGCACUUUCAUCUUUAUUAAGACCCACCUCCAUCAUAAAGGAAUCAGGAAAACAAGCAAAAAAGGGAAUAAAGAAGUUUCACAGAGGGUGUGUAUAUCUUUUCAGUCUUAUUUCUUCAACGUUCAAAGUGUUCUCAGAAAACCAUAUAAUUUUGGUUCUUCAUGUAUCUAUAAAAUUACAUAUUUUUCUUUAAAAAAUCCUUCUGAAGCUGAAUCUUCCUUUUCAUUGGAA